AUGAAUUCGGACUCCAGCUCGAGCAGAUCUUCAUCUCCAGACAUGGAUGGGAUGUACAUCCACGAUCACCACCACUCUCAAGACGGACGCCUCAAUUCAGUGUCCUCCACGCAGAGCGAGCUGCUCCAGAAGAUGACGAGCGAGCACCUGUCCAAAACGCCCUCCGGCAGUAAGUACAAGCUCAAGAAGCAAGUCACCGAGCAAGAGGUCCAGCAGCUGCGCUUGAAGAUCAACGGCCGAGAGCGCAAGCGGAUGCACGACUUGAACCUGGCGAUGGACGGGCUCCGGGAGGUCAUGCCGUACGCGCACGGCCCCUCUGUGAGGAAGCUGUCCAAGAUCGCCACUCUUCUGCUGGCUAGAAACUACAUCCUGAUGCUGACGAGCUCGCUGGACGAGAUGAAGCGGCUGGUGGGGGAGAUUUACGGCGGUCACCACUCGGCGUUUCACUGCGGGACGGUGGGCCACAGCGGUGCGCACUCGGCGGGCGCGGCGCACCAGGUGCAUCCUCUCCUCGGGAGCGCGCUGUCCGCGUCCACCGCCACCACGUUACCGGGACUAACUUCCAUCAGGGCGCCGCAUUCUUUAAUGAAAAGCACCCCUACACCUCCGCUGCAACUCGGGGGCAGUUUUCAGCACUGGGCCGGCUUGCCUUGCCCUUGCACUAUUUGCCAGGUGCCUCCUCCUACUCCCCACAUUUCCAUCACUUCAACAGGACUGGCGAGGCUCUCGGUAGAAAACAAGGAUGUGAUGAAGUGA